UGUACACGAAGCAAAUUUCAAAGAUCUUUAACCUUUUAUGCAAUUUCCUUUUUCCAGCUUUUUGUGUGUGUGGAAAUACUGAUAUUUUUUGUUUCCGGACAUACCCUUUCACUCUCUGCUGUUGUAUAAUCUGUCUCUCGUCGUUGUAAUCCUUUGGUUCCGCUUUCUGAUGAUCAUUUGACUCAUCCUGGUACCCUGGUAAGAGGUUGCAGUGGAGAGACUUUCUCACGUUGCUCCGGGAGAAGCUAUGGGAAAGCCUCUUGGGAGGAAGAAAAGCAGCAAUGUUGGGAGCAAGAAACCAGGUAAAGAUUCCGAGCAGCUCACCUCAAAGGCCUUUGAUGAGGACACAGCCGUCUUCAUCAACAUGGCACAAGAACUGAAGGAAGAAGGGAGCCGUUUGUUUCAGAAGCGGGACCAUGAGGGUGCAAUGUUGAAGUACGAGAAAGCCAUCAAACUUCUCCCGAGGAACCACAUAGACGUUGCUUACUUGCGUUGCAACAUGGCAGCUUGCUACAUGCAAAUGGGGAUAGGCGAGUAUCCGAGAGCGAUAGCCGAAUGCAAUUUAGCCCUUGAAGUCGCCCCCAAGUAUAGCAAAGCUCUAUUGAAGAGAGCAAAGUGCUACGAGGCUCUAAAUAGGCUUGAUUUAGCUCUUCGAGACAUCCGCCACGUCUUGGCUGUUGAACCUAAUAAUUUGGUUGCGUUGGAGACCUCCAAUGCCAUAAAAAUGAAAAUGCAAGAGAUGGGACAAAUCAUUGACGAAGAUAAGGAGAUAGGCUUAUUACCUCCCCUCGCAUGUACUAAGGUGAAAAAGAAGAGGAGAGGUAAUAGCAAGACCGUCAAUAAGGCUGACAAGGAUCAAAAGAAAGUGGAAGAUAAAAUGGUGGUGGUAUUGGAGGAGGAGAAUGACAUGAACGAACAAAAAGUGGUGAUAAAAAACGUGAAAUUGGUAUUGGGGGAAGAUAUAAGAUGGGCACGGUUACCUGCUAAUUGCACCGUGCGUAUGGCAAGGGACAUAGUUUUGGAUAGGUUUCCAAACCUAAAGGGCGCUCUUCUGAAGUAUAGAGACCAAGAAGGUGACUUGGUGACCAUUACGUCAAAUGAUGAGCUUAGAUUGGCCGAAGCGGCUAUGGAUCAUCAAGGCUCUUUAAAGCUGUACAUUGCUGAAGUUAGCCCCGAUAAAGAACCGGCGUAUGAGAUGAGUGUUGUGGAUGAAAUUACUAAACAUCAUAAUGUCAGUACGAAAGAGGAGAACACGGCACUGAUCUGCAUCGAGGAUUGGAUUGUCCAGUUCGCACGGUAUUUCAAGAACCAUGUGGGGAUCGAAUGCGACUCAUAUUUGGACAUUUAUGAGAUGGGAAUGAAACUAUACUCUGAAGCUAUGGAGGGUAUAGUGACGAGUGAAGACGCGAUGACCCUUUUUGACAUUUCUUUAGCAAAGAUCCAAGAGAUGACAGCUUUAGCGUUGUUUAAUUGGGGUAACAUCCACAUGUCAAGGGUGAGGAAGCGGGUAUACUUUAAGGAUGAAAAUGACUCUAAAGAUUCAAUCUCUGGACAUGUUAGAUCUGCCUUUGAGUGGGCCUGUAAAGAAUAUGAAAUGGCAGGAAGAAGGUAUGAAGAUUCCUUGAUAUUCAAGCCAGAUUUCUACGAAGGACUUCUCGCACUCGGGCAACAACAAUUUGAGUUGGCGAAACUGCAUUGGUAUUAUGAAAUUUCAAGCGGGUCUGGUUUCGGGCCCACCGAGCCAUCUCCCGAAGUGUUGGAGCUGUAUAACAAGGCGGAGGAUAGUAUGGAAAGAGGGAUUCAAAUGUGGGAGGAGAUGGAAGAAGAACGUCUUAAUGGGCUUUCCAAAUAUGAAGAACAUAAAGCCCAGUUACGGGAAAUGGGAUUGGACGGACUGCUACCCAAAGACGUUACACGGGAGGAAGCUGAAGAGCAAGCCACAAACAUGAGGUCUCAGAUUUACCUGUUGUGGGGUACUCUACUGUAUGAGCGAUCUGUUAUGGAGUAUAAGGUGAGACUGCCAAGUUGGGAAGAGUGUUUGGAAGUUGCAGUUGAAAAGUUUGAGCUUGCUGGCGCUUCUCAAACGGAUAUAGCCGUCAUGAUUAAGAACCAUAAUUCUAAUGAUACUGCACUUGAAGGUUUCAAGAUUGAUGAGAUAGUACAAGCAUGGAAUGAGAUGUAUGAUAGCAAUAGAUGGCGCACCGGUGUUCCGGCUUUCAGGCUAGAACCGUUGUUCCGUAGACGUGUUCCUCACCUUCAUUCAGUGUUGGAGACUUUUUAGUAUACUUUUGGCAUAAGCUUUACCAAUGUAACAGGUUUUCUUGCAUAUCGACAGUGUUGGAUUUGGCUGUUUGCUUUUGGGGGGAGCAAAUGGCUGAAAGAGAGUUCACACUCAAAGUGUGGUCUUUGAGUUUAUGGAGACUUGGAGCUGUUUAUAUACCAUUCAUUUUAAUUGUUCAUUGAUUAUAAAAAAUGAUUGUUGAUCCACCACACACGGAUUAGGUAUUUGUGAUUUGGUCAAUGGGGCCAUUUCAUCUCACAGCUCAGUCAAUAUUGAGUUUGGAAAGGUAUUCCAUUCAUAGAUGUUUAUAGUCUUCCACAUAUUUUGUAUUCAUAAUCAUGUUUGUGUCAGUCCAUUUAGGCUGUCAGCUUUGCCGAUUUGUAACAAUUUGUUCCAUCAUAUCAGUUGUGCUAUACAUUUUUUUGUGGUUUCAGGAUUUUGUUAAUUUUGUACACCAAUAAAAAAUAGUGUG